UUAAUGCAGCAGCUCCAGAGCCACCAGUCACACCACAGAAUGACAACUCGUCCCGGGACCUCUGCAGAAGAAGCCCAAGCCACUGCCGGUGAGCCCAGGACUGAUGAAGGAGAUGACGGUGAUUUUUUUGAAAAACUGACCGCCAUUCAACGGAAGCAGGAGAGUUUGCAGCAUCUGGACUACACGCAGCCACUGGGAGAUGCCAGUGACACCCUCUGUCCUCAAACAGUUGGGCACAAGAACAAGCUGAAGAUGUCAUACGGAGAGCUGCUUUUGCUUUACGAGGAUGUGCUGUACACCCUGAUCCACCGAACUGGUGUCCCCUCCUCAACACACAUCACAGACCAGGAUGAGAUGCUCCGCUAUCUGCAGAAGGUUUUCAAGCUGGAUGAGAGCAACCAUGAGGCCAUGAUGCAGAGAGUGAAAGAAGCAAAGAUGCCCUCCUGGUCCCUGAAAGUGACUGUCAUGGAGGCAAGAAACCUACUGGCCAAAGAUGCCAAUGGUUUCAGCGAUCCCUACUGUAUGUUGGGAAUCACUCUGGGACAGGCCACACGGGAGACCGAGGAGAAGAAAGAGCGGAAAUUCAGCUUUAGGAAGAAAAGAGACAGGAUAGAGAAAAGGUCGAGCCUCAGAGAAGCACUUCCUGCUAAGUACAUUCAGGUCACAGAUGUCAAACCAAACACACUGAAUCCAGUGUGGAACGAGAGCUACACAUUUGAUCUGGAUGACAUUCAGAGUGACCAGCUCCACCUUGAUAUUUGGGACCAUGAUGAUGAAGUCUCAGUGGUAGAGGCUUGCAAAACACUAAACCAGAUCAGUGGGUUCAAAGGAAUGGGAAGAUACUUCAAACAGAUCGUGAAGUCAGCUCGAACCAACGGGACUACAGGAUCACAGGAAGAAAACGAUGAUUUCCUCGGCUGCCUCGAUAUUCCAGUUGGUGAGAUUCCAGUUGGAGGGUUGGAUAACUGGUUUAAACUGGAUCCUCGAUCAAGCUCUUCUCGAGUGCAAGGAGAUUGUCACCUCAUCCUGACACUGAGCAUGUCACAGAGAGAUACUGAGCUGUGUAAGAAGAUGUGUGGUGUGAGAAUCCAUGAGUUGCUGCUGAGGGAACUGUUGGAGAUUGAGAACCCUGAUUUCCAGGAAGAUCAAUGCAGCUGGUCAGGCAAACUCAGCAAACAUGCUGUGACCAUUCUUUCCCACCAUGCCAUGCAAAUUGACCUUUCACUUCAGCAGAAAGCGGCUAUUAAGUGGCAGGCCUACAGCAAGCACCACCAGGCCCGACCCAUGGACUAUGGUUUCCUUCUCCAACUCCUUGAGAACCUGGACCAGACUUUGGAGUUUAAUGUUCUUAUCAAAGAGCAGGAAGAGUCACUUGGCAUCAGUUUUGUCCUUUUCAUUGACUACAGCUGGGAGCUGCUGCUGAGGAUGAGACAAAUCUUUCCCUUCAAUGUUCCAAUGGCAUUGAAGCAGCUAGAACUGAUGCUGAGGUGUUUGCUGAAGAUUUACUCCAUGGAAGCUUUUAAAGUGGCCUGUCCUUUACAUAACCAGCUCCAUGUGGAUAUUGCUGCCGUGGUGAAGAAAUCUGCAUCUGAAUGGUAUGGGAAAAUGUGUGACAACUUCAAACCAAAAAUCAAGUCUGAACUGUCUACACUGAUGAGAUUGGUACGACAGGUCGACACAGUUUGCACAGAGCUACGUAAAAAUCAAAACCAAUACAACCAAAUAUUUGUCAGUGCUGUGAAGAUUGAUUACUUCAGCAUCACCUACCAACAACUGGAGAAACUGGUCGCUGAUGAUGUUCUGGCACUGAUGGAAGAGCUGGGAGCGGCUAUGGAAGAGGAGAGGUCAAAAAUGACGCAGCAGACAGGGGAGACUCUAUUUGAGCUGUACCUGUCACUCAAGGAGCUGAAACAAUUCAAGGAAUUCCUUCCACUAAAGGACUCCAAACCUCUGGCACUCACAAAUUUCCACGAUUGGUUUCAGAUGUCCAUCAACAAGUGGCUCCAAAUCGUUUAUGAGAAGUCAUGUGAACGUAUUACAAGGGCAGUAACGGUGGAUCAGCUUGAUCCUGUUGACACAUUGUCCAAGCACAGCAGCUCGGCUGUCGAUGUAGUGACCUGUUUCACCCAGAUCAAGAGCUUCUGGCUGCAGCUGGCCUGGCCUGACCCCAUGGGAGCCUUUGUCUUUGUAACAAAAAUCACUGACGACAUUUGCAAUGCAGCUGUGAUGUACUCAGAAAUGGUGAGACAUAAAGCAGAUGAUCAGAAGAAAAUUACACAACAGCUGUGCAUUGUCCUGAAUAACAUCGAGCAUGUGCACACAUACACCUGGAAUUUGCCAAAGGAAUUAGACUGGCAGGGAGUGGAGAUUUCCAUGGAGCAACUGUAUGGGCUGGAAGGGAAGCAGCAAGUGCAAAGAGCACUGGGCACCCAGCUACAAAGCAUCGAUGCAGGCAUGCAGCGGCAGUCUAACUAUAUGAUCAACCAGCUUGUGGAGAAGAUGGUCAAUGACUUGCGAAAAUACAUUCAGCACAUCAGCUUGUCACCAGAUUCCAUCCAGCCCGAUGAUGCUAUUUCCCCUCUUAUGAAAUUCCUGGAUGACAAUCUAAUGAUCCUGAGCGAAUGGCUGGUGAGGAAGAAUCUCAGUCGGAUAUUGAGUUCUCUGUGGAAACUAUUGUUGGAUUUGAUCGUUGAGGCAUUGGCUACAAAUAUUGGGAUGUCUGCUGAAUUCUAUGAGCGAUUUCACUUCACUUUGGAGGCUCUUGUGAUAUUUUUCCACGCUGAAGGACAGGGAUUGCCACUUGAUAACUUGCAGAAUGACAAAUAUAAGGCUCUAAAGGAAGAGCUGCGUCUAAAUAAGUGCUCAACACAGGAGCUGAUUGAGCACUCUUACCAGGACAAAAUCCGCCAACAGAAGUCCAAUGAACCAAGCCUGUAUGGGAUGCUUUGCAUCAAGUGUCACUAUGAAGCUGCUGAGUCCAAACUGUGCAUUGACGUUUUACACGCUACGAACCUAAUUGCCUUGGAUGCAAAUGGUCUCAGUGAUCCUUUUGUUAUUAUCGAACUCGCUCCUCUCCACUUCUUUCCAGGGGCAAAGAGCCAGCGAACACAAGUCAAGAAUAAAACACUGCACCCGAUCUUUGAUGAACAGUUUAACUUCAUGGUAACGCGGGAGCAGUGCAGUAACAGCACUGCCUGCAUUCACUUCACAGUCAUGGAUCACGACUGGCUCUCGACCAAUGACUUUGCAGGGGAGGCUGUGUUGCAGCUGCAGGAGGUUCACGGGUUCCAUAAACCUGCCAUCGCCAGAGAAGUAAAAAGCGUCUCCCCAGUAUUCCUGAAACUGACACACCCUGAACCCAUGAUGAAACCAAUCAUGAAGAUGCUGGAGGGCCGGACAGCUGACAGAGAAGCACAAGACUUUGUUAAGAAGAUGAAGGAGCUCGAGAUGUCUCCGGAGUAAAUCCAAGCAGCUUUGAAAUAUAAAUGAAUAAUAUAUGAAUAUAAAUCAAACAUUCAGAACUGCAGAAUGUCAAGUGUUGGAGUGGUGCUUUGUCGUGAUGAUAGUGCAGCUAUGCAGGAGCUCCUCAGCAUUGGGAUGAUUAUUGAUCUGGUGCUGUGGCUUCUCACUGUCACCAUUGUGGAAAUACUGAAGUUGUGUUGUAGCUCCUCAAUCUUGUGCAAGUUUGGAGCCAAUGUGGAGCUCCUCAUCAUUGUGAUGAUAUUGAUCCAGUGCCGUAGCCUCGUUGUCAUGGUGAUAUUGAUCCAAUGCUGAAGCUGCUCACCAUUGUGUGGUACACAUGUCGUGCCAGCCCUCCUCACUGUGGUGAUAUGGAUCCCGUGCCAACACGCCUCACCAUCGUUGUGCUAUGGAUCCCGUGCUGUAGUGGUAACUCCUCUCCACAACCUCUUCAUACUCCUAUUUGUUACAAUAAUGAGCAAUUCUGCUUUUUGAGUGUUUCUUUAAAUUAAAUUUGAUGA